CAAAAAUUGGGAGCCUGGAAUGGGAAGGGGUGACGAUAGCCUGUAACAGAGGAAUGAACGCUUGGCGUGCUGCAUGAAAAUUGUGGUAUAAGCGUAAUCGUUUAUAGAUGCUUAUUACUUCUUAUCUAUAACUUAGGAAAUUAUAAGGAUUUAUAGUUUUCUGUAGUGUGAGUUCGUAGUGCGCAUCAGAAUGGCAGAAGAGAAGAUGGAAGUGGACUGGGGCAACGACAAACUUCAGAAAGCUCAAAAGCAAAUAGAUGAUAGUCCAUACGAUCUAGAGGCUUGGAGUCUCUUGAUCCGAGAGGCUCAGGGCAAGUGGAUUGGAGAGAUGCGACCUUUUUUUGAGAAGCUGGUGUUAACCUUUCCCAGUGCAGGAAGGUACUGGAAGAUCUAUAUUGAGCAGGAGAUGAAGGCAAGAAAUUUUGAAAAAGUUGAAAAGUUGUUUCAACGCUGUUUGAUGAAGGUGCUGAACAUCGACUUGUGGAAGUUGUACCUUGCAUAUGUAAAAGAAACCAAAUCCACUCUACCUACAUACAAGGAGAAGAUGGCUCAAGCAUAUGACUUUGCCCUGGAAAAGAUUGGGAUGGACAUCCAGUCUUACUCCAUAUGGAACGAUUAUGUAAACUUUCUNACACCGAAUCUCCACGGUUACGACAAACAAGCAUUCUUUGUUUAUGUGAAGGUGUACCAACGAGGUGUGAUCAACCCCAUGGUUAAUAUUGAGCAACUGUGGAAGGACUACAUGAACUUUGAACAGAACAUCAACCCAAUCAUUGCAGAGAAAAUGGCUAUGGAGAGGAGUAGGGACUACAUGAGUGCUCGGCGAGUAGCCAAGGAGUUCGAAGCAGUCACUCGGGGACUGAACAGGAAUAGCCCCAGUGUUCCACCAACAGGACAUCCAGAGGAACUGAAACAGGUAGACCUUUGGAAGAAGUAUAUCUCAUGGGAGAAGUCAAACCCUCUUCGUACAGAGGAUGCAACGCUAAUCACUCGUCGUGUGAUGUUUGCAUUUGAGCAGUGCCUCUUGUGUCUUGGUCACCACCCUGACAUCUGGUAUGAGGCAGCACAGUUCCUUGAGCAAAGUUCCAAGCUACUCACUGAGAAGGGGGAUGUGAAUGCUGCUAAGCUGUUCAGUGAUGAGGCUGCUGCAGUGUAUGAACGUGCAACUGCAUCACUGCUGAAGAAGAACAUGCUCUUGUAUUUUGCUUAUGCAGAUUUUGAAGAAGGUCGACUUAAAUAUGAAAAGGUACAUCAGAUCUACAACAGGUAUCUGGACAUCACAGAUGUAGACCCAACAUUGGCGUAUGUACAAUAUAUGAAAUUUGCUCGUCGGGCAGAAGGCAUCAAAUCUGCUCGGACAGUUUUCAAACGGGCCAGAGAAGACCCACGGUCACGGUUCCAUGUAUUUGUUGCUGCAGCACUCAUGGAAUACUACUGCAGUAAAGACAAGAACAUUGCUUUUCGCAUAUUUGAACUUGGCCUCAAGAAAUUCUCAGAUAACCCUGAAUACAUACUCUGCUAUAUAGAUUAUCUGUCCCAUCUGAAUGAGGAUAACAACACACGUGUCCUUUUUGAACGUGUUCUCUCAUCAGGCAGCCUGGAACCAGAGAAAUCUGUAGAUAUAUGGAACCGGUUUUUAGAGUUUGAGUCUAAUAUUGGAGAUCUUGCCAGCAUAGUCAAAGUGGAGAAGAGGCGAAGUGCUGUAUUAGGCCAGAUUAAAGAGUUUGAAGGAAAGGAAACAGCACAACUAGUGGACCGGUACAAGUUCCUAGAUCUCUAUCCCUGCACACCAGCAGAACUUAGGUCAAUAGGUUACAGUGAAGUAGCCAGUACAGCUGUGAAGUCAUUCCAUCCAUUGUCAUCAAUUAUAAUUGAUCCAGAAGAGGAAUCCUCAAAUAUGCCUAGGCCAGAUUUCACGCAGAUGAUUCCAUUCAAGCCUAAGUCACAGGCUAUUCCUGGAGAUCACCCUGUUCCAGGAGGUGUCUUUCCUCACCCCCCAGCAGUAGCUCAACUUUGCACAUUACUGCCACCUCCCGGCUGCUUCCGAGGUCCAUUUGUGGCUGUUGAUAUGCUCAUGGAUGUUUUCAGCAAAAUCCAGUUACCAGAAACAGCUCCAUCACCGACAGCAGACAAUGGGUGUGAUACAAAGCUUUUCGAUCUUGCCAAGUCUGUACAUUGGAUAGUAGAUGAAGGCCAAGAAGGUACACUGAGUCUGCCAGGAAGUGGAACAAAGAGAAGACGGAAAUUGGGAACAGGAGAUCGAUUAGUGGUGGGAAUAGAGGACAGUGAAGAUGAUGAACUUUCAGGUGCACCACCUGUAAAUGAUAUUUACAGACAGAGACAACAGAAGAGGGUCAAGUGACUGCUGGACCACAGAGAAGGGGGUACCUUAGAUGGCUAGUGUAGUUGUCUUUCAACAUUUGUUAUAGUCAGGCUGAACAGUAAACACAUUUUCAAAAGAUGAACUUGAAAUAAGUACUUAUGUCUUCUUGCAGUGUUCUUAAGGUGAUGUGUUGAUUUAGAACAAGAUAAUGUAAGACAAUACUAAUGUUGUCUUUAAUGUCAUAAUCCAGGGAUGAUGAACCUUUACUGCCUGGUGCUAAAUUUACACCAGAAGUUACUAAUAAGAAGAGAUGUCAGUCAUUCUCUUUCACUCCAGUAACACUACCAUGGCCUUUAUGAGAUACAUGCCACUGCAGUUUUAGUCAGCUGAAUUCUUGUUUUGUAUGGUUAUUUUUAGAAUGGCAUAAAUCUAAUUUCAGGUGUUUCCUGGAUGAAAAUCAUAGGUUAAUUCUUUAGAUAAUCAUCCUUUUUGGUAUUUGGAGUGCAAAGAAAGUGAAACCAAAAAUGUGUCUUAUACAACAAAUUGUUUCUUUGUUAACUCCUGGAAUAUUAAGUGGUUCUGGAUGUUACUAUAAGAACAAUUACAUAAUCACCAGUAUCAUCCCUGCAAUAAUCAUUCCAAAUAUCAACAGUAAGAGGAAUGUAAGUAGUCACACAUUUAUAAAAACUGGUUCUGAUUUGCACAGAAAUGUUAACAUUCUGUUAAGCUGCAGGUGUAUUAUGUGAAAUGUAACAACUAAACAAGAUGCAGCCAGUUGAAAAAACAUUCUGUACCUUAAGAAUUUGUUCACUGAUUUAGAAAUGGUUUACAAAACUUAUUCUACUGGGUAUUUCACAUCAAAACUAAUCAGUUCUGUAUAAUGUGAGAAAGGAAACGUGUUUCUAAGUGAAUGCCUUAUAUUCAUGAAAGAGGUUUAGAGAAUAUUUUUUGUCACUUGGAAAGAAUGUUACUGACUUCCUUGACAUUUUUAAAAGAAAUGAACUGCUACCAGAUGUA